CUCUAAUCCGACUCGUCGAUUCAGACUAGUUGUGUGGCUUGUGGUCUUAGAAGUGAAAUUAAUUAAGCCGCCAAAAAGUGAAUCUGCCCGGGAAUAAAAAUACGCCUGUGAGAUAAUGAAAUAACAAUCAUUAAUCCAUUAAUUCAUUGCCAUCGUCAUAUCUGAUUUUUGUGGCGUAUACGGGGACCAGGCCAGCAGCCAUGGCCGCCGCCGCAGCCGCCGUCUCCGAUGCCGAAGUUCCUCUCCUGAACGACGCCGUCGAGGGAUCCGUUGACUUCAGAGGCGCUCCCGUCCGCAGAUCCAAAUCCGGCUGCUGGAGAUCCGCAGCUUUCAUCAUAGGCGUUGAAGUGGCGGAGAGGUUCGCUUACUACGGCAUAAGCUCGAAUCUGAUAAGCUACUUGACGGGACCUCUGGGGCAGUCCACCGCUGCGGCGGCAGCGAACGUGAACGCGUGGUCUGGAACGGCGUCCCUUUUGCCGCUGCUUGGUGCGUUUGUGGCGGACUCGUUUUUGGGCCGGUACCGGAUGAUUAUUGUAGCUUCUGUUCUGUAUAUAUUGGGACUUGCAUGCUUGUCUUUGUUGGCUGCUGUCUAUUCAUCCGUCUCACCUGACUGCCAAAAUACGACAAAUACCUCUUGUUCCCCACCGCCACUUCAGAUCACUCUCUUUUUCUUCUCCUUGUACACAGUUGCCUUAGCCCAAGGAGGGCACAAACCCUGUGUCCAAGCUUUUGGAGCUGACCAAUUUGACGAGCAGGACCCGAAAGAGCGUAAAGCCAAGAGCUCGUUCUUCAAUUGGUGGUACUUUUGCUUUUGCGGAGGUGUAUUAGUAGCCCUGCUUGUUUUGAACUACAUCCAGGACAAUUUGAGCUGGGGGCUUGGCUUUGGAAUCCCUUGUGCCGUUAUGUGUCUUGCUUUAGUUGUGUUUUUGCUCGGGACUUUUACUUACAGGUUUCGAGUGCAGAGUGAUGAUAGGAACGCGUUUGUCCGAAUUGGCAGUGUGUUUAUCCGGGCAGCUAGGAAUUGGCGGAUUAAGUCGUCAGCUAUAUCCAUGGAGUCUGAAGCUCAGGGGAUUUUGCCUUACGAAGGUUUUCGACAAUAUCAGUUCCUCAACAAAGCUUUGCGUGGGCCCCACGACACGACGAUUUGUACCAUCAACGAGGUCGAGGAAGCAAAAUCGGUCCUCCGGCUCAUCCCAAUAUGGGUCACUUGCCUGGCCUACGCGAUCGUCUUCUCCCAGUCCUCGACCCUAUUCACCAAACAGGGCGCCACCAUGGACCGCCACAUCACCACAAAUUUCGAAAUACCGCCCGCGUCCCUCCAGUCACUCAUCAGCUUCUCCAUAGUCGUCUUCAUCCUCGUUUACGACCGUAUAUUGGUUCCUUUCGCAAGAUCCGUGUCCAAUAAUCCUUCCGGAAUCUCCAUGCUCCAAAGGAUCGGCACCGGAAUAUUCCUAUCUCUAAUCUCGAUGACUAGCGCAGCAAUUGUCGAGCAAAAGCGUUUGAAAACUGCGUUUGACCACGGGCUGGUUGAUUUUCCGGAGGCCACGGUGCCCAUGAGCGUGUGGUGGCUGGCGCCUCAGUACUCUCUGUUUGGAAUCUCGGAGGCUUUCACGAUGGUCGGGCUUCAGGAAUUCUUCUACGAUCAGGUCCCGAGUGAUUUGAGAAGUGUCGGGCUUGCUCUUUACCUAAGUAUAUUCGGGAUAGGAAGCUUUAUAAGCAGUUUUCUCAUCUCGAUUAUUGAGAAGGCCACGGGUGGGCCGGGCCGCGACGGUUGGUUCUCGAACAAUUUGAACCGGGCCCACCUCGAUUAUUUCUAUUGGCUGCUGGCGGGGCUGAGCGCAGCAGCUUUUGCCGCGUACCUUUAUUUCGCAAAGUCGUAUAUUUAUAACAGGAAAAAGGUAAGAGUUUGAUACUUUUUUUUUUUUUUCCCCGAGAACUACUGCUUGUUAUAUGUUUGUAUGUGUUAUUUUGUGUUCCAUUCAUUGGAAAUGGUAUUCGUUUCGUCGUGUUCGUAACGAACGCGGGCAUUCAAGAGGGUGCGUAAUAUAUUGGUGUGGGUUUUGCUCAAGAAUACGUGCGUGAGCUCGAUAUUUCUGUAUUGAGGAAUGUUUAAAGAGCCAAAAGGGGCAAAACGACAUAUGAAGAGAUUUUUGCUAAGCACUUUGUUCACAUGGAGGUGAAGAGAAGAGUGGGAAAUCCUUUGAGUCUUUUCUGUUGAUAUUAUGUGCAAGAAAUUAAUGAUACCCUUCAAUGGCUUCAAGUAGUCAUGUGGCUAACCAAAUACGCAAAUUCUCUUGGGGUCGUUUUGUGGAGAUGUCAAGUGAAGUAUAGAUGCUUUCUUGGACAAUCAUUUUUGCUUGUCUUUUUAUUGUGUUGUAACAUUCACAUUUUAGAAUUGUGUAUCAAUUAGGCAGCAUCGAAACAUCAUUCGUAAUAUUUCAAGAUGUUCUUGUUUUUGGAGCUCAAUUACUCCAUGUCUUUCAAUGCUAUAGUAAG